GUGACUGUGCAUCCAUUACCACAGCUUGGCCACCAAGAAGGAUCACAAAUACUACUGAUCCCACAGCUUGGCCACUAAAGAGGAUCAUUCACUUGACUGGUCCUGUUUUGUUGUGUUAAGGACGAUUCCAAACACUACAAAUUGCACUGCUUACCCCUCAAGGAAGAUCACAUGCACAAGGAGUCCUACUACUUGACCACCAAGGAGGAAUAGUAUCGCAGCCAGUCCCACUACUUGGCUACCCAAGCAUCUACAAGCACUACUCCGGACCCUUUAAUGAUGGAUAUUAAGAAGAGAGAGGAAUGCACAGUCUGUUAUUGUAAUUACGAUGCAGCACUGAGACAGAAGUGCACUCUACCCUGUGGCCAUGUAUUCUGUGGACAGUGUAUUGAAAAUGCUGUCAAGAACGAUCAGCUUUCCUGCCCUCGCUGCCAUGCCCAGCACAGUGCCACAGCUGCUAUUCAGUUUCUGAUAAACUGUGGGGGCGCCUUUGUUGGCAAAGGUAGAGGUGCUCGUCCCACUACAGCAAGAAAAAUGUCGGCUAAACGUUGUCAAGACCGUAUGAGAGGCAUAAGCAAGAAGCUGCGGUCUAUGGCCCAGGAACAGAAGAAAAACAUCAACAGCCUCAUCACAGUUUGUGAAGAGGCACUGUCCCAGCUGGUUGAGUACCGAGGCCAGCUUGGGGACUGGAAGACUCACCACCUACACCUCCAGGACAGACUCUAUGGUCUGUUAGAGCAGAACAAGACAGCAAUAGAGCUUCUGGAAAAAGAAGAUUCAACUGUGGUGUGUAUGACAUCACAAGGACAGGAAGGAAAGCAGCAUCUCCAGACAAUGUUGGGGAGCCUGGACACAGCGAGCAUGAUGCAGGAUAACGCAACCAUAGCAAAGGCAGAUCAGUUUAAUGUGGAAGUUAAAGAGUGGCUCCAGAAGUGCAAGAAACUCUUCCCAGAUGUGAAGACGGUACACACCUCCAUGAAGGUGCAGGAGGCCAUCAGGGAGACGUUGGAGAUCAUGAAGGCUGUGGCAGUGGCGAAAGCUCUCCCUGGCUCCCAUAGUGAUUCAACCUCAGACAUUAUGAAGAAAGUGGAUCAGAUUAAUGAAGAAAUCAUUGAGGAUCAGUUACCUUUGCAGGAGACCAUCAGGGAGACGCUGGAGAUAAUGAUGACAGAGGCAGGUGCCAAAACUGCCCUCGUUACCAAUGAAGAAUCUUCCUCCACCAUUUCCAAUGAAGAAUCAUCAUCCUCCAUUAUCAGAAGAGAACCAAUAUCCACCAUUAAGAAGAAAGUUGGUCAAAUAAUAGAAGAGAUACUUCACGAGCAGAUAACUAUUAAGGAGCUGAGUGGUAUGGAGGAGCCAGUUAAGAAGUUGGUUGAGGAAGGCCUGGUGUACGCUGUCCUGCGGGAUGUUGAGGGCAUCUACCACUCCGCCAGGAUCACCUUUCAUGAUGAACAGCUGUUCCUCCAUGCACUCUUGUGCCAGUCUUUGCCUCCCAAUGCCCACAUCAUCCAGUUUAUAGAUGUGUUGGCCAUGCUGGAUCCUGCCACACAGGUGUUUCUUGACCUGGCAUGGGCGGGGUCAACACAAGGGCGGGUCCAAAUCCAGUUGUGCCCCGACACGAGAUUGGCCAGACAAUUUUUGUUGUUGUGUACGGGUCAGUUAGGCCACUCAUACGUGAACACCAGACUUACACAGGUGUUGUCCAGGGGUCGGGCAGGGGAGUACAUUGUGGGUGGAGACUAUGAGUUUAAUGAUGGAAAGGGAGGAGCCUCGCUGCUGCCUGACCUGCAGGGCGAGACUUUAGAAUGUGGAGAAUCGGGUGCAGUGUGGUCACCGUGGGGUCUGGGCAGUGCCCGCAGUGCCCAGUUCAGCAUCACAACCCGGGAUGUGGCCUGUGGUCGAAAGUGGCCACGUGUCUUUGGUCAUGUGGAGAACGGCCUGGAGCUAGUGAGGUUAGCAGUUCGUCUCAAAGACAUCAGGGAGGUGACGGUGGUGGACUGUGGCGUUGUACUGCCUUUCUAAUUCACUAUUCCACCCCGCCAUUUUGACUUCUGUAUAACCAUUGCUUCUGUCCCGUCAUUACCAUGUCACCAUCACCAAUCUGUUAUCACAAAUUUCCUUUAUCCAUCC